GGGAUGCGAGGCUUGUUAUACACAGCCGUUGUUCUCUUUCUUUUGCUUUAAUGUCUCUUCAUUGUUGAUCCCUUAUAUAGAGAGAGCCUUCUCUAUUUGUUACUUUCGAGGUGUUCUUUAGAAGCUCCAUAUAUUAAACCUUAUCUUUGAGUGUAGUUACAUCGUUUCUUGCACACCAUGAAGAGUCAACAUCCUUAUGCUCCUUGGCGGAGAAUGAUCCUGAUACCUUGCUGGAUCGUUCAAAUUAUAUUCCCCGGCUUUACAUUUGGGGUAGUUGCAGCUGCUAUUGCUCAAAUCAUGAGCAAAGAUUUCGAUGAUGACAGCUAUGAUAUUGAUGUCCGGACAGCUCUAAGUAUCGGAUGGGUCUACAUUGUGUUCAUCGGCUUGUGUAUCAUCCUCACUAUUACAGAGAUAGUCCUUAUGUUGAGACACAAGUUGAAGCCCAUUGUUUUCCUCAUGAUGAACAUAUUCAAAUGUGCAAGCUGGACAGCUUUGUUUGUCGUCAGCUUGUGGAACGCUUUCGGUGUCGUCAAAAAGACGAUGCCAAGUAUUGUUAGCUUGGUUGUUGAUAUCAUCUUGUUGCUGGCUUUCUAUAUCCCUCUAGCACAUGGCUCCCUUAUCAUGCACCGCAACCGUCAGGCUGGGAAAUAUGAGCCGGUCAACCUUAAACAUAACAGCUUUGACUCCACCACCGAAUCUUUUCCCGAUGCCUUCCCCCAAGCAUACAAGUCUUUGACCAACAUAGAAGAGACCACCGAUCUGGAAGCAAAUGAUCACACUACCGGACGACCCCGCAGACUAAGUUACAAUCAUACAAGGGAUACCAGGUUCGACUCAUACAGACAAACACGAAGAAGUUUCUCAGAUCCAUAUAUCGUCGAAAGGAUGGUGGCUAGCCCCACGCAAGUUUCAAUAUCUACAUUCUCGACAAGGAGCAGGAGUAGUACCUUGGGUUUACCAAUACCACAGGUCGUGGUGCACGAUCAUGAUGAAUUUAUGGAGAGAAACAGGGCCAACGGGAUGAAUUAGAGAGAAGAAGAAAAAGUGCUUAUAUAUGGGUGGCGUUUGGGAACAUUUUAUGAUCAAAUGUUUUAUACCAAGGGUUUGUUGUCGGAGUUAAGUUCUAAUCUUGCUUUCUUGUAUAUAUUGUAUGGUUGGUUUUGCCACGGAACAUUGAACUUUGGGUGCCACUUAUUCAUAUAAACUGAGGGGCUAUAGACACUCCAUUUUUGUUGAAUUGCGAUUUCGAAUAAGAUUGCUUUCAAAUCCAUCUUAUCAUGUAUGAUAUGCGCGUGCGGCUAUUGAUACAAAGAUUAUACUCCGAAUAUUUA